UCUUUUUUCAACCUUACUUACUAUGUUACUAUGUUACUAUGUAUAAUGUGGGCCUACAGGAAUUGUUCUGGGGAAGGGCCACACCAAUGCUUCCAUGAUUUUUAAACCUACCCAAUAGAAACCUAGAUGCUUUUCAGUCAAAUACUAGUAAGGCAUGCAGUCCUGAGUAAUUGCAGUUACUGUCUACUAUUAUAUACUACUGUAUAUUAACUGCCUUCUUCCAGUACUGCUCUCAGCCGCUGCCUGCCUUAUUGCAUGGUAAUUACACAUAUUACAUUAUACCUAUUUAAAGGAGAAGCAAUUUUUAAACAUCAUUUUACCCUUUUGCAGGAAAAAUUAUCUUUAAACUUUUUUUUUUGAGCAAUGAUUUUGUUAUGAAUGUGACCAGGUCAUCAUCUUCAGUGAAAGUAAUAUAUUAUACAUGAGCCAUUAGCUUUUAACAAUGAUUAUACAAUUUGUUAAAGAAGGAGCCUAAACCAAAGGUUUUUCUGUCCUUCUUGCUCUUAAAGCUUGAAACAUUUAUCAGAUUCCCAAAGAGCCAAUUCAGAAAGGGGUCACCAUUCAUUUUCGGCAUUGAUUAUAAGAUUAGUUUGGCACAUGUGGGGUUCUUAUCAAAAUGUUAUUAAUGUCAACAACAACAAUUCUAUUCAUUUGUUUUUAUUAUUUUAGAAAGAUCCCCUAUCCAGAAAGCAGGUCCUGAGCAUGCCAAAUAAUGGAUUUCACCUGUAUGGGAGUAGAAAGAACAUAUACAGGUACCCGGGGCCGCAGUGACGUCACACUAGUAGUGCCCAGAGAACAUGGAUGAUGCCCAUCUAAUGACACUGACCAGCUGCACAGACUGCAGGUAUGGACUGAGGAGCAGCAGCAGCGAUUUGAGGUGUGAGCAGAGGUUGGUGCUCCAUCUGGAUUAUUGUGUGUGUAGGGGUGAAUGUAUGGAUGGGGGGGGGGCAUUCUCCACCCACCUCUGGGAUCCAUGGAAUGGGCAAAGCCAGUCCUACCCAAUGCUCCAUGUGCCAACCCAAUGCUCCAUGUGCCAACCCCAGGUGCACAGAGCCCCAUGUCAGCCUAUGGACUGCUCCACCAACAGAACAACAAACAAGGGAAGGAGAGAAAUCAUUUGGAAUGAGCCUCUGGUUCCUUAUCCGGGGACCUGAGCGCACGUUGUGAUUGGCUGCCGGAGUCACAUGGUGAAAGUAACUUUACGGGGUCGCCAGCUAGUAGGAGGGCUUUAUGGAGCAGAAAAACGACAAAGCGAGAAAAAUUAUUUUCCACUCCAGAAAUUAAUGAUCAUGAGUUCGUAUUUGAUGGACUCUAACUACAUCGAUCCGAAAUUUCCUCCAUGCGAGGAAUAUUCGCAAAAUAACUAUAUCCCAGAUCACAGUCCGGAGUACUACAGCCGCUCCAGGGACCCUGCCUUUCAGCACCACCAGCAGGACCUGUACCCGCCAAGAACUGCUUACCCAGAGCGUCAGUACAACUGUGCCAGCCUCCCAACACCGGCCAACCCUGCUGCCCACCCCAGGCUCCAUGGGCAGCCCCAGAGCAACCACCAGCUUGUAGGCAAAUCUCAGCUGUGUGAGCUCCCAACCCCAUCCCUUGCCUCCAACAGCAGCUCCAAUUCUCCCACUCCUGCACCCCCAGCCUGCACCCAGCCACCCAGCUCUGAGCACCCCACCAGCACUGCCUCCAAACAGCCCAUAGUCUACCCCUGGAUGAAGAAAAUACACGUCUGCACUGUGAAUCCCAAUUACACUGGGGGUGAGCCCAAGAGGUCCAGAACAGCCUAUACCAGGCAGCAGGUUUUGGAACUGGAGAAGGAAUUUCACUAUAACAGAUAUCUGACCAGGCGAAGGCGCAUUGAGAUUGCCCAUUCCCUGUGUCUCUCCGAGAGGCAGAUCAAGAUCUGGUUUCAGAACAGGAGGAUGAAGUGGAAAAAGGACCACAGGUUACCAAAUACUAAAGUCAGAUCCAACGCUUCUUCCAAUGCUUCCAGCAACAUCAUUGCGUCUAGUUCUGCUGCCAGCGAGGAUCUAUCCCAAAGCUCCACUCAGGAUCAGCGAGAGGAUAUUACAAGGUUAUAAAAACACAUGGCAACACACACAACAAAACAGAUGACUGAAUAUUUAUAGAAUCUAAUAUAUACAUACAUAUAUAUAUUUUGGUUCUUCUAGAUGUAUUUCUUUUUGUGUUCGUUGCUUGUGCGUUGGAAAAAAAAAAACAUGAAGUCUCUCGGUCAUCAUAUAAAGGCUUUAAAUGCAUGCCAGCCAGCAUGGAGCCAGGUUUUCUGUACAGUGUUUCUCUUUUCUUCUAUUGAUUUUUAUAAAGCCAGUUUGUCUUUAUUUAUUGUGUAUUUUAGGGGAGGGGAUGGGAGGAAAUAAAUGUUCAGUUUUAUGUGAUUUUUUUUUCCCUUAAGGUUACAGAAAAAAAUACAGGGUUGGGAAUUUGCCCGUUAAAUAUUUAAAAUAAGUCUGUAGUAGAUGAAAAAUAUCGAAUUCUUUUUUUUUUUUUGUAUAAAACGAUAAGGAUAAUAUUACUGUGUGCAGAUCUUCUCAAAGGCACAUAGAGCAGCACACGAGCUGGGAAGUGGCGUGCAUUAAAUUAAUUUAUAAUAAUAUUGUGAUAUUGAAAGAAAGUUUCCAAGUCGGCUAGUUAGCUUGUUGUUUUGUUGUGGAAAGUGUCGUACGAUUUCCCUUUUUUAAUAUUAUUUUUAUUACUAUUAAUAAUAAUAGUAAUAAUAAUAAUAUUUCAUUUUUUUUUUAGUUGAGACUCUGAUGUAAAUCUUAAUUGCUAUAAACAGUCCCAGUGUUAUGUGACCGUCUCUGUGUUCAAUAAACCAGUGAGUGUGCUUGAGUUCUACCUGCCAGUCUAUUUGCUUAUUUUGCUGUCCAUGUGGUUGGAGAGAGAUAGGUAGGUGCGGGGGGUUUAUAUUCCCUUGCAAUAUCCCAAUCCCAGGAGAUGGGGGAAUAUACAUCCCCCUAGCACUUUGUGCUGCUUUGUGCAUUUACAGAUGUAACCUUGAAACGACUGAGCGAAUUGUUGUUUACAUUUAUUUAUUUUUUAUACAUAUAUAUAUAUAUUUAUUUUGUUA